UCUGUAAGCAAACCAGGUGAGACAGAGAGAGGUUGUCUUGUCGGUGGUUCUGAUAUCUGUAAAUGCUGAAUGCUGUCCCAGUCUUAUGUCAAAGGUUUUGAUUUAAAAGAUUUAAAAUAUUGGGCUCAGCGUAGAAUCGUUUGUCUUUGAAAGGUAAGGUGGUUCAAUCAUGGAUUUUUUGAAAAUCAAGAAGUUCAGAAAAUCUCAGAAAGCAGAUGGAGAAAAGGAUUUGGCUGACAAGGCAGGGCCAGAGCCCGAGGAACCUAAGCCUAAUAAUGGCUGUCCUGAUCUGUGUAAAUCAGCAAAUGCAGAUUCUGCUGCUGAAGCUGAGGAUGAUGAUGAUUUUAUUACCAAUGAAGUAAAGAGGAGGCUGAAAGAAUUGAGAAGAAAUAGUUUUAUGGUGUUGAUUCCCGAAGAAGAUUCCUGCCCAGAGGAGGGGGAGGAUGAAGAGGAAGAGGGAGAGACAAGCUCAAAUGAAUGGAGGGAUGUGGAGGCAGAAGGUCAGCAAUGGUGGCGUGGCUUUGAUGCUGUAUUUGAAAAGUACUGUGAAAGAAUGCUAUUCUUUGAUCGGAUGAGCACACAGCAACUUAGUGAAAUUGCCAAAGGUUCACAGUACCCUUCAACUCCAUCUCCAAGAUCUGCAUCAAAGAAGCUGGCUUCUCCCCUUCGUUGUCUUUCCUUGAAAAAAUUUGAAGAACCUGAUGAUGAGACUGAACAUCUUCAGCAGCCUAAAAAUGAUCCCUACCAGGAUAUUGAAACAGCAUAUGUUGGUCAAAUUUGCUUGACUUGGGAGGCACUUCAUUGUCAAUGCUCCCAUAUGAGUCAGAAGAUAUCUUGGCAACCUGAAAAUCCUACCUGUUACAAUUACAGUGCACAGCAGUUUCAACAGUUCCAAGUUCUACUACAAAGGUUUAUUGAGAAUGAACCUUUUGAGCAGGGCCUUCGAGCUGAAAUUUAUGCUCGCACAAGGAAUACUUUACCUAAACUGCUCCAGGUCCCUAAUAUACGAGGUUCAGAGCAUGAAUUAAUAGAUGAUUCAGACACCAGAGUUCUUGCUCCUGAUCUUAUCAGGAUAAUUGAAAGCUCUAUCCUUACAUUCCAUCUUUUCCUGAAAAGGGACAAGAAAAAGUCAAGUGGUGUUACAAACCUGUUUGGAAAUCAGAACCAGCUUGCAACUCCUCUACAACAGGUUCAAUUUACUCUUGAGAAGAAAGUGGCGAAACUGAAGGAACUGCGUAGAAAGAAGAAAGGUUGGAGAAAGAAUUCUUGGCCACAAAAGCAUGAGGACAUUCAGCUAUUGCUUGGCCUUAUUGACAUGAAAAUCUUAUCAAGGGUUCUGAAAAUGACGAGGAUGACUAGAGAACAACUGUUUUGGUGUGAAGAAAAGAUGAAAAAACUGGAUUUAUCACAUGGAAGGUUAGAGAGGGAUCCAUGUCCCAUCCUCUUCCCUUGCUAGUAUCAGUGAAUAGCUGCGGCAAAGUAUCAUCUUAAGUUCUUUCUGCUUGGAAAGGUAAUUGUUGCUAAUAUAAAUGCCGCUUUUAAACGCCAGAUGGGCUUCCCGUAUCGCCCUACAGCUGCUUAGGAUGUCUUGGGAAGAAUUCUCGAUACUUUAUGAUAACCAAAGAGUGUAACUGUAGCAGAAGCCCAUCAUAUUUGAAGGAUUAUGUUAAUAUAUUUUAAAUAUUAGUAGUUAAUUAUGUUAGUUUUCUGGUGUGUAUGUUAUAAUUUAAAUAGAUUAGUUGUUAUGUAUGUCUUAUAAUAUUGCUAUUGUAACUGCUUUUAUUUAAACUCUGUAGUAGAACUCAGAAUGUGAAGGAGAAUUAAUUAUGUUUCUCUUCCUUUCCUCCGUCUAUUUUUUUUCUCCCCUAUAAUCUCUGUCAAUUUCCUCGUGUAACCAGAUUACAUGAUGAAAUUGACAGAAAAAAGAAGAAAAAGAGUUAAUUCUCCUUCAUAUUCUGAUUUCUACUGCAUAGUUUGAAUAACAUCAGCAGUUACAACUGCAAUGUUAUAAUUGUAAUUAAACAGAACAAUUUAAAUUCAAACGGAAAUACGUGACUAAUCUAUUUAAAUAUUUAAAUUAUAACACAUACA